AUGCGAGCUGGAUACGCUACACGCUCUUCUACUGGCUGUCUUCCGCGAAACUUCAACGUGACCAGCCAAGCCAUGACCGCCACUGGCCUGUUUUCCGUCGGCUCGAUGGCUCACAACAGUGGCAAUGGAGGCAGCAUGGUGCGCAAGAGGCGCCGUCGGUACGGACCAAAGCCUGAUCCGCCUUAUCAAUGCUUUUGCGGCAAGAUCUUCAAACGACACGAACACAUGCUGCGCCACAGGGCUACACAUGACGACACCAUCAAGUACGAGUGUCACAUGUGUGGAAAGUCGUUUCGACGACAGGAUGUCAUGCAUCGUCACACCAUGACGCACGCAGCUCGCAGUCGACAAUCGAGCAAGCUGCGCAACACUGCCUCGGAAUCGGGGACGGCAAUGCCCGCAGCAGUCACUGCGAAGGCAGCUGGCCUCGACCAAGGCGGUGGCGGAGACAAAACCACGUUGUUGGCCGCGCAUCGCCAACGCGAUCAGUCCCAGAAACAGGCUCAGCUGGGUAUUCAAGGCAUCAGCAACGAGCACGACAUGCUGGAAGACCCCACCCUGCGUGUCGGUCUGGGCGACUAUGCAUCCGACUCUUCCUCUUCGCAACACAACCAGGACCACCACAUAGCGGCAGCACAGCUGUACAAUGCUUGCAGCAAUGCUCGGUACACGUUUCCUGCUUAUGCCGUCAACUUGCAGCCGGUCUAUGCCAAUAGUUCCGGCGUCGAUGCUGGUGGCGCAGGCUAUGCUCGUUCAGAUGGCUUUGAGAUGACCUCCGAUUACCACGCUCGCAAGUUCUCGUCCGCGUCUCCCCCGCCAGCCUUUUUUGGCGGUGCCCCCAACCUCGGUCCUCAGGGUUUUGAAGCGGGUCAGCUCGGCGGUGCAACAAUGCCUCGAGCUCAGUCCAUGCUGCCGAUGCUGACGAUGGCCACGGGUCAUGAACACGAUGCCAAGCACAACGGUCAAGACGGCGGUCAUCACUGCGCUGCGAGUUGGCACGCCGGAAACUACGGACUUGCGCAAGGCAUCACGCAGGCUGGGCCCGCCGAAUCAGAGUGGAGCGAGCAGAGCCCUUCCGGGCCCAGCCCACUCACAUUCGCCUCUCCCGCUUGGAGCCAGAAGGGAGAGCAGUUCAGGCGAGAAGGUACGACAUCCGCAUCCAACGGAACGCCGUUGGGCUUGUCCACGAGCAGCAGGCAGCUUUCAAUGGAUCCUGGCGCGCGGUGGCAUCCUUAUUCCGAACAUCAGCAACAGCCGCAGCCUCCCGUGCAACAACAGCACUUGAGCCUGCAGUCCCACUACCAGCAAGGCUCUCCGUUGAAUGGGAGUACCAGCGAUGCCGGAUUUGGCAGCGUGCACCGCAGCCCUGCAGGGGUGGUUCGAAGACUCCUCUCGGGUCUGCAUCAUCCCAACGGGUACAGCACGGCUAUCUCUGAUGCUCAAUCGUAUGCUGGUCACGGUGCUCAGGGCAAAAUGGAGGCGCACGGGGGCACAGCCACGGUCGGUCUCGGACUCGGUCUGGUGGCACAGUCGCAUGUCGAGACGCAGGCCGGCUCGCUGGGUCUGAUGGGAACGCCCACGCUCAACAAUGCUGCGGCGAACAACGGCAGCCGAGGUGACAGAGUGCCGGCGCUUCACCAAACGUCUGCCUCGCCUCAGGUGUCCAACGGCACCAUGCUUUCGUCUUCCUCCACGGCUUCGUCAAAUCACUGCCUCGAUAUCGGCAUGAGCUCGAUGCGAGUCUCGCAGGAUACCCUCCACCACAAUUCGCCGUCGUAUGGCACCGAGGCGAAGCAUGGCUUCACCUCCAUGUCUAGCGUGUUGGGACCCUUUGACAGCAACUCGCCGCUGACCGAAGCGACUGGCAACGCUUCGCCUCACAGUUACGGCAAUGGACAAGGUCGCGGAUACGCGGUCAACGCACCCUUGCACGUUCAAGCUCAUCGGGCUUCCUCAGGUCCACCCAUCGACCCUCACCUGGCUGCAUCUAACAACGGCUACGCGACGGAUUCGUCGGCUGCAAGCUUGCCCGGCGCUUCCGGCUUCCGACGUUGGUGA